AUGAUCGUGGGAGCUAUGUGUGCCGUCACUGGAGUACUGACCAUCUCACUACCAGUUCCUGUCAUCGUUUCAAACUUCUCCAUGUUCUACUCGCAUACCCAGGCUCGAUCAAAGCUUCCCAAAAAACGGCGCCGCGUCCUGCCCGUUGAAGCCGUUCGACCAAAGACUCCUGGUGCAUUAACCGGUCUGGCUGGAGGCCUUGCUACAUCUUUUCCCGGGCCCCUUAAAGGUGCGAUGGCUGAACUACCUGAUGGUCGACUGGGGACAUCCAAGCGCAAUCCCAGCAGUAGUAUAUUCUUUCCGAACACAGAAGCUCAAUCAACUACAGCGGGUUAG